AUGAGUUCCCUUCUAUGGCCCAGGGCGAAACCUGCCUUCAACCGCUCCGAGCUUUUGCCUUCGAUUAAGGGCAAAGUCAUUCUGGUUACUGGAGGAACAAGUGGCCUGGGGCGACAGGCAGUACUGGAAUACGCGCGUUAUGAUCCCGAGAAGAUAUGGCUUGCUGCACGAAAUGCCGCCGCUGCAGAGAGGACCAUCAAGGAAAUUCAGGACGAGGCUCCAAAUGCAUCCAUCGAGUUCAUUUAUCUGGAGCUCACUUUAAUUGCAUCGAUUCGAAAGGCGGCUCGUAUUAUUCGCCUGAAAUUAAGCCGACUAGACAUUCUUAUGCUGAACGCUGGAAUCGUCGCAGCACCACCCGGACUGACUGAGGACGGCUACGAAAUACAGUUCGCUUCUGAGUCCAACCCUUCUCUAUACUACUGA